AUGAAUUUUAUACUUUAGGAUCCUACCGCGCCCUUUAAAGUCUAAGCCCGAGAAACUUUGACUAUGUAGUGGAUAAAUUAAAAGAAAUGUUUUUUCGAUCUUGACUUUCUACUUUUUAGUUCAAUAAUUCUAAAUUCAAUUUUAUGUUCAAAAUCGAUUAUUGGAAGUAAAUGUGACAUAAAAGAAUCCGUUGUUUGUUUUGGAAGAGAACUAGGAAAUGGAGGUAACUAUACUAAAUUAAAUGGUGAAACAGUGACUGCAGACGGUGAUGACGGUGAAUUUACGUUAGAUGACGAUUAG